AUGGAAGCUUCAGUUGAUUCAGUUGGUUCAUCAAGAAAGAUUAAACGACAUUCAGGUCAUGGGCACAAAUGGAUUGGCGAAAAACCGAGAAUUGCGAUGUUCUCAAAGGUGAAAGGUCGUCUAGAUAUGGCUCGUCUUCAGUUGAUUCUAACAAAUAUCGAUGACAAACCAAUGAAGUACAAAGUUAAAAUCAAGCAAGGCUGUACCGUUACAGUAACUGAUUACAAUCAUCAACUUCUCAUCUCAUUUUUUAAGCAGACUGCACCAAAUUGCAACCAAACAAGUCAUUCAACGAUAUCGUCAUUCGAAUUUUUCGCGUGCGUUUGA